AUGAAAUUAGGAUAUAAUGAAAUAAUGAUAACAUCAAUGUAUUUUGAUGAUAUUAAAGAUUUUAUUAAUUUAGAAAUAGGAAUUAAAAGAUUUCAAGGAAAUAUGGAACGAUUUCAUUUUAAUCCAAUUCCUUUAAAUGAACACUCAAGAAAGUUGUUUCCUAAUAUUGAAACAUUUCAUAUUUAUAAUGAAAAAGAUGAAGAAUUUGAUGACAGAAGAGUAUUUAAAUAUGUAAUAUGGUAUUUAGUAAGUUAUUCAGAAUAUUUAAAAAAGAAAGAAAAAUGGAGUGUAUAUAAAAAUAUUGAAUAUACAUAUGAAGAUAGAAAUAAAUAUGGAAAUACAAUACCAUCAGAAGUUAAAUCACUUGGAUAUAAAUGUUUUUAUAAUUGUGAUUCAUUAACAACAAUUAAUAUACCAUCAUCAAUUAAUAAAUUAGGAAAUUAUUGUUUUGAUGCAUGUAAAUCAUUGAAAUCAAUUACUAUAACAACAUCUGUUAGUGGAAUAGGAGAUUAUUGUUUUUCAGGAUGUUCAUCAUUAACAUCAAUGAAUAUAGAAAAUCUACAAUUUAUUAGUGAAGAUAGAAUAUUUAUGAAUGAACCAGUGUUAGUUAGUAUUGAAAUACCAGAUAAUAUACAAAUAAUCAAUGGAAAGAAUAUUUUCAAGAAAGAUAUUAAUAAAUUUAUUAUUCCAUCUUCAAUUACUAAAUUAGACAAUUAUUGUUUUAGAUAUUGUUCAACAUUAACAACAAUUAAUAUACCAUCAUCAAUUAGUAAAUUAGGAAGUGAAUGUUUUAGACAAUGUAAAUCAUUAAAAUCAAUUACUAUUCCAUCAUCAAUUAGUGAAUUAGGAAGUUGGUGUUUUUAUGGAUGUACAUCAUUAACAACAAUUAAUAUACCAUCAUCAAUUACAUCAUUUGUACGUGGAUGUUUUUAUAAAUGUGGAUGUGAAGAAGAAUUAAUGAAAAAUGAAAGAAUACCAAGAAAAUGUUUUGAAUGGUGGUGA